AGCGCACACCUCCGUCGCGCCAGUGUACUACCUCCGAUCUUUGCACGUGCUCUGCACCGGGAGACGCUACGAGUGGAGACCGAAAGGCGCAAUGCGGACAUGGGUGCUGUGCCUGCUGCUGGGACUUGUGUGCCUUAUCGCCAUUUCCAUUGCCACCCUGGUGCUUCAGCUCCCGCCCGAACUCCUGGCUAGCUCUGGGCCCGAAAAUCAUCCGGACCAGGACAGCCCGCCUCUGGUGCCGCAGAAGCGAAAGGGAGACCUAACCAUCAUCGGGCCUGUAAAUGACGUGUCCGACACUUUUGAUGGCGUUGACAGAAACACUGGAGCAGGGCCACCGCAAUCGCUGCUGGCGCCACAGGACCCGUUACCCGACGCCUAUCUGGUUCCUUCGGCGGGCAGUCCCCCAGACACACCCAGCCGAGGAGGUGGCAACAAUGACUUGGAGACGAACGUAGACGUACUCAGCGCCACAGACAUAAGCAUCGCAGUUGAAGCAGAAACAACCGUGCCCACUCCGGUUACAUCGUUGCCUAGGUUUCCCGAGACCACCGAAGAUGGCCGUCCACUCGUCAAUACUACGACCGGCAGGGUGGAGGGGUUUAAAACGGAGGUGCUCGGUCGCAAGCUAGACGUUUUCCUUGGCAUUCCCUUCGCUACGCCACCCCUAGGAGAGCUCAGAUUUAAGAAGCCGCUGCCAGUGCAACCAUGGGACAACGUUCUGGAGGCUAAAGAGAUGGGACCACCGUGCUACCACAUUUCUUUCGCAUCCAGCUGGAGUUGGGCUGCCAGCAAAAAACCUGAAAGCGAAGACUGCUUGCACUUAAACGUGUGGUCUCCCGACACAACAGGACGCAAUGCGACGAAUGGCUCUACAAGACUGAGACCCAUGGUCGUAUUCAUUUACGGUGGAGGUUUCAACAUCGGCUCCACUGACUGGGAGUUCUACGAUGGUGGUGUGCUUGCAGCUUACGGUGACGUAGUGGUGGCCUCCAUGAACUACCGACUCGGGGCACUGGGGUUCCUCAACGCGGACAUCGAAGACAUCCCUGGUAAUAUGGGGCUGUACGAUCAGCACCUGGCUCUACGGUGGCUAUACGAGAACGCGAGAUCCUUCGGUGCCGAUCCUACUCACGUGGUGCUCAUGGGCGAAAGCGCCGGCGCAGUGUCUGCCGGCCUGCACCUAAUUUCGCCCAUGAGCCGCAACAUGGUGAAGCGCGUGAUCCUGCAGAGUGGCAGCCCGUUGUGGGACACGCCGGACAACACGGCCGACGGAAUUAAGAAGGCCACAGAGUUCGCAGAGAUCUUCAAGUGCGCCAACUCCACACACAACUUUCAGGAUGGGGCCGCAGCAGACGACGUAGUUCACUGUCUGCGCGAUAUCGAUGCUAACACGCUCUUCCGCACGGCCGAGAAGGCCCUGGGAAAACGUGUGUUGACGUACCACCCUCGGCACGGCGAUGACUUCAUGCCAAUCAACGCGCAUGAGGCUCUCAAGAAAGGACUCUUCAAGGACUCGGAUGUGCUUCUGGGUGUGAACAAGGAUGAAGGCAGCAUUUUCGUCGCAAACACGCUGCCUUACAUUUUCCUCAACAGCCUAGCGCCAAACAUAACCAAAGAUGAAGCGGCGUUCUACCUCAUCUUCUUUUUCCAGUACAUCAUCCGGACAGGUACUCGUGACAUUAGGGACCACUACUUCAAGAACAUCAAGGACCGAGACUAUCCGAGCGUUCGAAACGCAUUCAUCGAGGCCAUCGGCGAUUAUCUUCAAAUUUGCCCUACCAUUUACUACGGCGAGGUGUACUCGGAGUUCAACAACAGCGUCUAUUUCUACCACUUCUUGCACCGGCCCAGCAACAGCUACUGGCCAGAGUGGUUGGGCACGGCGCACUUCGACGAGGUGGAGUUUGUGUUUGGUGUGCCGCUCAGGUUCCCCAAGCAGUUCACAGAAGAAGAGGUACUGUUCUCGCGUCAAAUUAUGGAUAUCUGGAUGACCUUCGCGAAAACGGGCAAGCCGCCAGCCAUGGACGGCACGCCGUGGCCUCGCUUCUCGGAACUUAACCCGGUGCACAUGGAACUGAGUCCCAAGCGGUUCCGGCUGGGCAAAGGGCUACACGCCGACCACUGCCGGUUCUGGAAGAAGUUCAUUCUCAAGUGACGUACGCCGCAUCUUCAUCGUAGUGCAUUUCCAUUUACAAAGGUUCACAAGAAUACCUCCUCCAUCCGUGGAUUCUUCUCGAGGCGCCCAUAGCCAAGAUGCCGAACGGCGAAGAUACAUCAUCAAAAGGAGGGAAACAGACACCUUGAGGCACAAUGAGUGCGCGUGUGAUAGUGUAUGUGUGCGUGUGAGCAUAUCCACACAAUCAGGUGCGUGUACGUGUGUUUGCGAAGACACACGAGCAUCGCUCACCAGCCUGGCAACAGCCUUGUUGGUUUGUCUGGCAUGGGGUCCAUCAGUGUGAGGCAAGUAGACCAACAUGCCACCCCUUUUGUCGCGUUCUGGAGUGCUCGUGCCAGCGAGCACUCUCACAGCAACGUGCAGCGUCAUUGUGUCAUCACUUCAUCGCUGCGGUAAACCACGACCUGUCAGCGUGCCUGAGUGGCUCUGGAAGACUCCUGUGCGCUUGUAAAGACUAAGCAUCACUCGAUCACACUAUAUUUUAUUUCUACGCUGACGACCGUAUGCGUUCUCGACAUCACGCGCAGUAUUACAUUACUUCGUUCGUCAUUUCAUACGCUGAUAUCGGGUGCGUGGUUUGUAAGAUCUCUCUAAGAAUUAGGAGCCGCCUGCAGUGAAAAAUGAUGUGAUAGAAUCUCACCACAUAACACGGGGGUUACGUAGACUAAGAGAACACUGCAGAAAACGUGGUGGUCCAUUGCCCACCGCCACUCCUUUCGCGGUGCGUUUGCUAUGCCUUAGCUCAGCCAAUAUAGUAUGCAUAACUAUUUAUAGAGGAUGAGGCUAAUGGCGGCAUUAGGUCACUAUCGACACUGGAUAAAGCUGAAGAUGAGUCGUGGUCACUACGCGAAGUACGUGACCGUACGACAUGACGAUACUGCAGAACAAUAUCGUGUAUAUAUAUACACACACAUACUCAGUGUAUUACACGUUUGAGUCAGUCCACUAAAACAAUCUACGCGACACGCACGAUAUCAAGAUAAUUAUAGCGAGCGUAGAAAAUAAGCAGCAGCAGUGUAAGCUGAGGAAACACUGAAAUUCCCCUCACGUUUGAAUUUCGACGCUUCUGAUAACCAAAAGUAAAGAAUAACAACUAGGAAAAUCACACUCUGCAGUAUUGCCAAUAUUCGCAACUUAAGCGCCGCACACCUAUUACUGAAGCUUGACAAAUAUCAUAUAUAAUUGUAAAUUCUGACAAAGUAUACGCGAUAAUGUGGAAGCUAUACUGUGCUGAUUUGGUUUCUAUUGAACCUGCCGAGGACUACGCAAAUAAGUAUUGUGAAAGGAGUACUCUAUUAGGUUUCUGAAGUCUACCGCGAUGAAGGCGUAAGACAUUCUCUCGCAGGCCUAUUCUUUACGUAUAAGUCAUGAUCAAGUGCAAUGUCUACAACACUUCUCUUUGCGUAUCCUUUGAAAACGUCUGCAGAUUGUGGAAAAACGCAGUGCGGGCUACGUUAUGAGUAGUGCUUAGGCUCGCGUUGAAUAUGUGGUAUAGUGAACAGAAUGUACCAAUAAGCUAUAUUGGAGAGAAACAUCAUCUUGGGAUUCCGCGUUCCAUCGGCGGCUUCAGUAAGCUAUUAUUAGGAUGCAAGUGAACAUAGCAGCCUAACCGCAGAAGUCAAAGCAAGAUAUGUCGUCACGAAAUAAAACAAAAGUUUGCAUUCAUGCACAAGAGGCAUCUAGUGGCGCGCUUCUCGUAACGCAAAACUUAAAACGUAGUGAUUCGGACAUACAUAUAUGUUGCCGACCAUGGGCGCGGUCGGAGAUCUUUGUUCGAUACGUGUUCUGUUGGGUUGCUGCAACGUCACAAAGUGUCAGUAUGCUAAAUUUGUGAUAACGAGGCUGAGAGAGCAGCCAAUGAGCAAGCGGUGAACUCCCCGGAUGUUUACUUCCCUUGUUUGUCGUCUGCUUGCAGACUGUAUACUACAACACGAAAUGUUUCUCGUCUUCCAAUGAAUGAAAUCAUUAUCCAAAAAAUGUAUUUUUUUCUUCUCAAGCUUAAACACGUUUUCAAAUUGUAAUACGUGUGACUACUACAAUUUAUAACAAUUAGUUUCUCUGAGUAUUCCCUAGGUGGUGUCGCGCACAGCGAGACAGAAAAGGAAACGACGGGAACAGCGGCGCACUUUUCAAGAGGCAGCACAAACAUUCCAGCGACUCGCUGGCACCCGAUGACGGGGUCGAUUUCGCCGUACAACCAACGCACUAUUUCUUUCGAGAAACGAAAGCGACGCCGGAAUUCGCUUUCUACGAUUUCUUCAAACGCGUUUCGCUCCUCCACCCGCUCUUCUUCCUCCUCGAGG